ACAAGCACCCGCCACACCGACCACUGCACCCACGUUGGACGUCCCAGCAGAACCCAAGACACACAGCACUCGAAUUUCGGCCCAAGACAGACAAACUCUCAUUUCCUGGUCCUCAAGAGUAACCCACAUCCGCUGAUGACAGCCCGUAACAACCUGCCAGCCCCCCUAUACUAGUCUGGACAACAACCGCACUACCCUUCAAAAAAAAAAAGUGCAGCGCCCCUUGAAAUUCAUGAACCACAACAAGCACAUCAUCAACUCCGAAACGCUCUCGUGAUUCGACCGCUCAAUCCCGAGUCCAACAAACGAAAAGAGACAAAAUCACCCUUACCUCCCCAGUCCGAUGGAUGCCACAAACAAGCCUACUGAUUUGAGUCCGCGAAGGAACGAGGAAGAAGACGAUCUGCGCCAGGAGAGAUUCGUUACAGAGGGCGGCUCGAGACGCCGGACAACCCAAGGACAGCAGCAGUACGACGGACCAGAUGAUGAUGAGGACGAUCAGCGUCGGCAGCAAGACGAGGCAGAAAAGGCUAGUCCUAAACAGUUCGGCGUACUCAAGAUGGAAGCCAUCAUCGAGCGGCUCCGGGCCCGCUCAAGUCGCUGGGGCGUCCGGUCAAUCUAUAUUGCGAUGUACAUCCUCUCGACGAUUACCUCUACCGAAAAUAACUCGCUCCCACUCAUCGAGCCCUAUUUCCUGAGUCUCUUCGGACAUCACAGCUCACUGGCCACCGUGGGGAUUAUGACCAACAUAGCUUUUGCCGUCGGGAAGCCUCCAAUGAGUAAGAUCAUGGAUGUCUUUGGAAGGGCCGAGGGAGUCCUAGUGGCGAUAAUUUUAUACCUCGUAGGUGCUCUUCUUACGGCCUCAUCCACAGGCGUGAUUCAGUACGGCAUUGCCCGAACUGCGGCAGCGUUAGGCUCACAAGGAUUACAACUUUCACAAAUGAUCAUUGUUGCCGACACUUCGUCGCUAACGUCACGGGCCCUACUGACCUCGACAAUUACCUCUCCAUGGAUAUUUACGACGUGGAUCGGGCCUGUGUUUGGCUCCUGGUUCCUGUCUAAAGGCGCGUAUGGCUACCGAGCGAUUUACCUCGUUUUCGGUCUUGCGGUCCCGCUCUGCGCCAGCUGGCUCGUCCUCGUCUUGUGGCUUGAAUGGCGCAAGCUGAAUAGUGAAGCCAGCCGGCCCUCCCGUAGGAUCUCCCUCCCCACCUCCGACCACGACCAGGAAGACCAACCUGGGGGAAUCUGGAGCCCCCCAAAUUCUCCUCAUGCAGUUUUAUACAGCUCCCGCUCUUCAUCUACUAGCCUCUGGUCAGAGGCUUGGGAGCAGCUUGAUUCUGUCGGACUCGUCUUGUUGACUUUGGGAUUUGGACUACUACUGCUACCGCUCACUUGGUCGGUGAAAGAGCCCGGUGUUAGCUGGUUUAAUGUCGAGAGAUGUACCUUCUUGAUCCUUGGUGCUAUCGUCUUGGUUUGUUUCGGAGUCUAUGAAAGUAAAUUCGCAAAGUUUCCAGUCAUACCUCCACGACUAUUCGAACAACGCACAGUUCUCUUGGGUUCGGGCGUAUGCUUUUGGCAUUUUAUAUGUCAAUUUACGUAUGAGAGCUACUUCACCAGUUUCCUCCAGGUGGCCAGGUUCCUAUCUGCCCGGGACGCACAGUACGUCGAGCGGUCCUACCUCUUCACCGCCUGUGUUUCAGCCAUUAUUUGUGGAUUGCUUGUCAAAUGGACUCGACGAUACAAGAUCUGGCUGGUUGUCGGGAUUUUGUUCCAUGCAGUCGGAACACUUUUGAUGGUCCGAAGCCGCAAGCUAGAUAAUCCAAUGACAGAGAUCGUGAUUUCACAAGUAAUUGGCGGCUUCGGGGGAGGCUUCACGACGCUUGCCUCCCAGCUCGGGGUACAAGCAGUGGUGGCACACCAAGAUGUAGGGAUCUCGACUGCGGUCUUUCUGACGAUCACUCAAAUUGGUGGAGCAGUUGGUUCAAGUCUGGCAGGCUCAAUCUGGACUUCACGACUGGAGUCGGCGCUAGCCCAACGACUACCCCCAUCAGAGCAGAGCAACAUCCCCAAGAUCGUCGGCGACUUACGCUUUGCACUCACCUACGAGGGUGAGAACAGGACACACAUCAACGAGGCCUACGUCGACGUCCAGCGCAUCCUCAACUGGCUUGGUGUCUGGGCUCUCGUGCCCUGUUUGAUAUGCGCCCUUUGCAUGGAGAACGUCAACCUCGACUCUAAGGCGCCUAAGCGUAAAGCUAAAGAAGGACACCCGCAGCAGGACGAUAACGAUCAUUUGGCCCAUCGCGACUCGAAUGUUUCUGCUGAGAAUGCACCCUUUUUAACCCAAGAAAAUGAAGAGGAAUGAAAAAAAAGAUAUAUGUAUACAGCCAAAAUCCCGUUUGUUUAGCAUACGAUAUUUCACUCUCCUAUCGAUCAUCGACCGAGCAUGUCCAUAUUCCCUUCCGAAACACCACUGGAAGAUCAGUUAAAUCACACCGUCAAUCCGAUAUAUACCUGAUCGUUCACUUCAACACACACGACCUUCUUCUAUUUAGUAAACAGGACCCGAUGUUUCUUUUUGGCAAAGUUUUUACACCCGGCUCUUCUUUGCAUACACACGCAUCUCGUCCGCUCAGAUCUCUACUCCAAUCACUCGUCAAUCACUUGCUUGCAAUUCGGCAUUGUAUUAACACGCUUCUUCCUUGCCCGUUCCCCCCUAAAUCAUCUCGUGGUCUGAAGGUUUCGUAUCCCCUCCCCUCUCAACUGGCUUGUCUCCCUCUUUCUUCCCCAACUUCUCUCAGACUCAUACCUUGACUUCAUGUUGUAGCUCAAUCAUAUUGCUAGUUUUUUCAGAUUGCACGUUUUGAUAAACUAGCUAUUGAGACAGGUUUUAUAUGGUUUGUACUAGUGUGAGAGCAGAAGGAAGAGAGUUGGCUUGAUCUUGUUUUCAGACUCAUUCUAAUCCAGCCUUGUUAGUUUGCCAUGUUUCACAAUCCCACCACUUGGUUCUAGGCUUUUGCUGUGUACUAAUUAGAGCUUUACUUUCCUUCCUCAUUCUUGGUUGCAAUGUCUAUUUAUGUAGGAAUCCUUCUCCACUCACUCUCUCACAUACUCACAUGUCUUUAUACAAAAUGUACAAUCAUGUGAUCUCAUUGAUUUUUUCUUUUUCUUUUUGCUUGCAAACUCUCUCAUCAUUUCUUUUUGGUUGGCCUUUUCAGCAAGGAAAGAAAGAUGUUGCGUGGAUUUUUAGC